AUGUCGGACAUCAAUCUCGGAGGCGGCGAGACCGUCGCCCCCCCCACCCCCCCCGCGGUGCUGGUGGUGCUGGCGGUCCUGUUAGUGCCGGUACUGGCGGUGCUGGUGCUGGUUCUAGCUGUCUUGGUGCCGCUGAUGCGGGUGCGAACGCGUCUGGCGGUGGGGUGAACCCGCAGGACCUAGUACUAGCCUCUUUCGGCCGCGAACUCUAUAGGAGUUUCCAGGCGGGGGCAUCGGAUUCCCAAAACAAGUCGUUCAGUUCAUACAAGGUCACAACGUCUCACUCUCGUUCCAGUUUGGUUGCGGCCUACGCGGACUCGCCGGUCACAGUCUCUUCGGAGCUGUUUGACAUCGCGUCCAACGCGGCCAGACCAGAAGCGGUCCCAUUGAGUCUGUUCACGCCUGGAGCCAGCAUCAAGGCGAAGCUGGGUCAGACUAUCUCGCUCGCCACGACCAAGGACCGCUCGGCUACUCUCCAACUUGGUCAUCAGCUCGAUCACUUGCUCACUUUCGAUGAGUGGCAGCCGGCUUCGUUCCUGUACGCCGCCCUGAUGGCUGACAUUUUCAAAACAACCAACGCGGGCGAAGCGUUUCUACAACACUUUUCCCGAGUCGCGGUGCGCGCUACCUCGAAGAGCUGGCCCCUGUGGCUUGAGUACGACAUCAUCGUAAGAGCGAACUUCUGGGCUCACUUGGCGAGGUCUUGCAGCGAUACAGCGUCAAACAGCAUUACCAUUAUCGAUGUCUCCGACUUCAAUCCGGAGGCCAUGGUCACGGCAGAACACCGUUGCCAUCGCCCCACUGGUGACCACCUCAAUUAUACAGCGAGUACCGGCUCCUUGUCUACCAAGUUGUGGAGUUUGUCGAAGGUCGAAAUUGAGGCGAUGGUGGCCUCGAUGGAAGGAAAGAGGAAAGAAAUUUUCUCCACAGAGUCCUCCGUUACCCUCACCGAUGUCGUUCGUGACGCUUACUCCCAGGUCUCAUCCAAGUCCAAGAAGCGCCCAUUUGCCGAACCGAGUGGAAAUCACGCGCCCAACAUCGCGAAUUAUCUUCCGUUCGGCCGUCCUUCGGUUCUUCAGGGAGCGUCGUUUCAGCGUGACCAGCCUCCGAACGUGUUUCGUGGGUCCUCAGACACCAACUUUCGCCCUUCGUACGACAACAAUUUUCGCUCGACACCACCCUACGACUCUCGAUCGCUCGCGGCCAACCGUUCCGGCACCGGUUCCAUUCUCUGCAUCGUUUGCGGAUCGACGUCCUUGGAUCACCCACCCGCCCGUCUCUGCCGCAAAUUCGACUCGGAUGCCUUCACUCGUUCUAUUGAAUUUCAUUCUACUUCAAGCGUUCGAACACUUCAACAUUGGGCCGCCAUUUGUCAGGUCCGCCCAUUUUCGCCUCGGCGCCUUUGCCUUCGCAGCCGAGCCGCCUCCCUUUGCCUCGCGCCGGCCUGUUCAACUCACGCCCGCGCGCCGCCGCCUCCACGCCGGGACUCUGGCCGUCUGCCCUCCAGUCUUGCUGAGCCAAUGCCUCCACUUAGUCACCAGCAGCUUGCCGCCGCCGUCCUCAUGUUCCAUCGGCCAUCAAGAGUAUCGCCCAUGCAUGACGCCCGCCGUUCGCAACCUGAGUCUCGUCGCUAUGGACUCCCUCGCUCGCCAACACUCGACAUCGCAGAUAGGUUUCCCCUCGUGGCCGUUGUCCAACACGACCCCUCUCAGCACCCGAAUGACCCACUUGGAGUUUGCCCUUGUCGCUUAGCAGCGCGUCCGCCCGAUUUGCAGUAGAUCCUUUGCGCGCCCGCUUGCUAGAACCUUGUCAGACUCGCGCUCCUUGUGCUUCCCUUCCUCUUCUCUACCGCUUUCCGACAUUAGCCAGACUGCUAAUCUUCGGUAGAGAACAGAUCGUCCAGCCGCACCGCCGUCUCGUCAGACCGCGUCUGUGCCGCCUUGCGACUUCUCCCAACCGGACCGUCCGUCGCAACCGUAGCCACGUCGACACUCCCAACAGUAGCCCCAGCGGUCGCUACACCCAGUUCCGAAAAGUUCCACGACCUACAUUCUACACGUUCAUCGUCCGGAGCCUUGUACCACAGACCCUCUAAUCGCCAGGUGUGUUUUGCCUUCAACAACGGUUUGCACUCCUCGAACCAUUGCGACGCCGGCCGCCUCCAUGUGUGCUCAAUUUGUGGAGACUCGGAACAUUCCGCCCGUCAGUGCGGGGCCCGAGGUAAUCGCUCCGAUUGUGCUUAACUCCGAUCACUCGGUAUCACCUGUCAUGCCCUCGCUUUUGUCGCAUAUACAUGGACUACAUAAUUCUGACCUUGUGGUGUCAUCACAAUGUAGUAAGUUUACUCGCAAUCCGCGUACCUUCAUACACCAGGGUUCGGCUUCACUCUCAUCACACGCCACUAUCUUCGGCUCUACUUCUAUCGUAUGGCCAUGUUUGGCUUUACUCCUUAUGGCCACUUUCGGCUGUACUUCUUAUGGCUAUGUUCGGCUUCAUUUCGUAUGGCCACGUUCGGCCGUACUUCUUAUGGCCAUGUUCGGAUUUACUUCUAUCAUUCAGCCAUAUCCGGCUGUACGCCUUUCAUACUGCCGCAUCCGUUCUCACCGGGUGUGGUCGUUGUCUCCUGUGAAGCGGUCGUUUUCUCCUAUAGAGUGGCCGCUCUCUCGAAACCCUCUCUCCGACCCCGUGCUCUUCGUUUCCCACGUUUCCCACGCUUCCAGUGCCCCCUGCCAAGGCAUUCCACUUCCACACAGUUUUGCUGACCAAUCUGUUUCGCUUGCUCCGCCUCCAGAACAAACGAACUGUUGCAGAAAUGUUCUCGAGUGGUAACUGAUGAUGACCACGACUCAGUCCAAUGAACAGGGACGAGAACAGAGUAAGUUGGGAUUCCAAAGAGCUGACCUGAUGAUGACCACGACUCAGUCCAAUGAACAGGGACGAGAACAGAGUGGCCAGAGACUAAGGGACAGACUCGCGGAAGGCUAGAAAGUGAAGCGUAAUGCUAAUAGGGAAGAGGGAUUAGAGACUAGUAAAGCAGGGAGAAUGAGUGACUAGGGAGUUCAUGAAGUGUCGCUAGGCUCAAUCCCAAGUACCAUAAUAGGAGCAAGAAUCAGAUGAAGGACGAUACAACCAUAUAUUCCUAACACGAACCCCUCACUCUCUCGGCCUUUGCUCGCGCCUUCAGCGGAUGUCAUCUCUACAGACACUUCCUCGUCGUACAUACCUCCUACGGACCCUUCUCAACGGGACACUGCUUUUCAUGUUCAUAUGGUUUCAGAUGUCUCAUCAUUGGCGAGAGCCCCUAGGUCGGCAGUGGAUAAGCUUUCCGCUCUUCCUUCCAUCACGGAUUUACGUGCGGCGUUGACCGACGUCGUUACUCCACUCAACCCUGACCGUUGGCAAUCAGCCGUGGACUACCUUCGCGUACACCGUGGCAAAACUCCCUUUGAGCAAGUCGAUUCGAUCCCGACCCAAAUCCGCAAGGGUUUCGACUUUGGCCUCCGCCACCUUCCCAGGGAGCCGUUUACUCCGUUUACUCCGAGCAACCACAUUUCGAAUGAUGAUGACGCAUCUCGUGAGGCAGCGGCCGAGGAACUUCUCCGUCUCCUACGCGAUGGUCGCAUCGCGGGGCCCUUUGACUACGACUGGCUCCGCCUCCAAGUCGGCUCGUUCCGCUCGAAUCCACUGUCGGUGAUCGAAAAACGACGCGAACCCGGUCAAGCCCCGAAACACCGCGUGAUCGAGAAUAUGUCGUACCCGCGGGCGUACGAUGAGCUCACCGAGAUCGAAAGCUGCAACGACUUGCUGGCUGCAAAUGAUUUCCCGUGUACAUGGACAACGCUUGCCCAGCUUAUCCGGCAGUUUAAUACUUUACCGCCGUCAAUGCAGUGUUUCGGUUUCGACUUUGCGGAUGCUUUCUACCAAGUUCCUCUCCUGCCAUCGCAACGGCUGCACAUGACGAUCUGUUGGGAGGGUUGAAUCUACAUUCGUCGAGUUCCCUGUUUUGGCGGUCGAACCACUCCGGGGGUGUUCGGUAAUCUAGCGGACGUAACCCAAGACUUCCUCAAGCUACGUUUCCCCUCGAUCACGAUCUUCAAACAGGUGGACGACGUCAUCGUAUUUUGCCCAGAUGCCUCUGUCCCUCGACAAGAGAUUGAAGAAGCGAUUUCGGACUUGGGUUGGAAGCUCGUGCCCGACAAGGGUUUCGACUGGACUCGCCGUUUCACUUUUGUUGGUAUCGAGUGGGACUUGGAUCGGUCCACCGCUCGUAUCCCCGAGGGUAAGAGAGUCAAGUACAUUGCCAAGGUUGUCGAGAUCUUGUCUCAACCCUUCGACACAAGAUUCUCAAAAACUCAGAUCGAAUCGCUCGUUGGUUCCCUCUGCUACGUGGCGCAGAUCCUCCCUCACCGCCGCACUCGUCUGAAUCAUACGCUCUUGUCAAGAAGUUCCCAAACGCAUACACCAAAGUGAAAGGCACGAGAUCGCUCUCGAGCCUCACUGAUUCCGAGUCCAAACAGAAAGGAUCAAACGGUGUAAUUCGCAGGCGAAGAAAGACUACUAAAAGGACUAAGGUCAAGAGACGCGGCGGCGCCGCGCGCGAGGGCAAGCGUGAGGCCGCAGAGGUUGGCUCGAGGUCGUCGUGAGGCGUAAGCGGAGCGGCGCCUUACACAAAGUUCGGGCGCUCCACAAUGUCCGGCGGGAGCUUUCCGAAUGGAAGGAGCUUCUUGGGGACGCCAACAACCUAGUGUACUGCUUCGCAAUGAAACCACCCUCGAUCCAUGUCGACGCUUCCUCCGAUGCCAGUGAAAUAGCCCUCGGUAUCGUCAUCGAUUCGCGCGCGAGCGUUUUCCCGUUGCCGUCGAACUGGAAAGAACUUCGGGACGCGCACAUCACCGUCGCGGAAGCCUGGGCUGUCGAAGUGCUUGCCGAUGUGCUCAUCGCACUCAAUUUUCGUCAUGUUAGGCUUUCGAUUCGUUGCGACAGCACGGGCGUCCUCUAUAGUUGGAGGAAGGGGAGGUCGGUGAAUCGUUGGAUCAAUAAAUCGAUCGAGUACUUACGCCAACUCGAGGCAACUCAUGAUGUGUCUUUUGUCGUCGACUAUGUCCAUACCGCAUCUAACCCUGCGGAUGUUGUCUCUCGAAAUAUUCUCCUUCCCUCUCAUCUUCGUCCGUUCGACUUUGUUUUGGAGCAUCCGAUGCAGCGUGCGAUUGCAGACUAUCGGCCCAUGCCGCACUUCACGUUUUAG